CUCCGCACAGUUGACAGAAGCCGGGCACAACACUCUGGCUUUUGGAAGAAUCGGGAUUUUAUUGAAGGGUUGACGUGUCACUUGAUGUGAAGGCGGAAAACUAGGGGAUACGUGCAUCGUUAAAGUGCAGCUGCAGAGAUGUCCAGAUCCACUAAAUCUGCCUCAAGGUCUCGGAGCCGAUCUCGAUCCCGCUCCAGAUCCAGGUCCACUUACUCCAGCAGCCCCUCACGAUCACGCUCCAGGAAGCACCGCUACAGUUCUCGGUCUAGGUCAAGAUCUAGGUCUCGGUCCAGAUCUCCUUCACAUAACCGGGACAAGAAGUACCCCCGUUCAUACCAGAACAGCCGUGAGAGUCGGGGCUACCACCACCGUGGGGGCUUCAGGCGACCAUAUAACUUCAGGGGGCGAGGUCGUGGGCGAGGAUACUUCCAGCGUGGACGCUAUCAGCGUGGUGGUGGAGGCUACAACAACAACAACAACAACAACAACCGUAACAACUGGAAAAACUACAAGAAACAGCCACACAAAAACUCACGGGGGCAGUUCCACAAUGGCCCGGUCAGUUCAAGGAGCCCUGGUCAUGGUCAGCCCCACUGCUCAGACCGAUCGUGCUCACCUGUGUCCAGACACUCACAGCACUCCCUCUCCUCAUCACACUCCUCACCUAAAUGCACACCUGCACCGUCUGCAAACAAAAACUCCAAACAGGUGCAGGAAGAACCCUCUGGACAAAAUCCUGUUCGAGAGAGAAAUGGUGAGGCAGUGGAUCUGGCUGGAGCACUUACUGUAGAAAAAAAUACAGAUGAAAAGAAUCAUGGAAACUGGAUCCCUUUAAAAGAAGUUAGCAGCCCAAAGAGAGUUAAUCUUUCUUCAACCUCUGGAGGUAGUUCUGCACUAAGCACCCAGACUACUACCAAUACCAUGAGCAAUGGCACCCUCUUCUGGAAGAAUAUGUGUAAUGCACCAAUAACAAAGACUUCCUCAGACUGUCUAAACCCUAUGCUCUCCAGCUUUGACAUCUUCUCUUCAGAGGAAUACUUGGAUGGAGAUAAAGCAGCACUCUCUGUUGCAUUUAGAAAAUUUUUGGAAGAGCAAAGUAAGAAUUCUAAAGGAUGGCAGAACGGCUCAGACAGCACUGUUGAUAUGAAAGAAUCAAAAGUAAAUGGAAAAGAGUCUCCCACUAAGAGUGACUUGAGGCCCGGAAAUCAAAAGGAGGACAACAGUGGUGCAAUGCCCUUAAAUAAUAUUAUGAAGGCUUCCCCAGUUCUUAAUGGGGAUGGCGGAGAUGACAAAAUGAUCAGAUCUCAUACAGAGCCUUUUCUGAAUGAGUGGAUCACUGAAAAUGAGUUCUCUGAGACUAACACAGUCCAACAGCUGUCUGAGAGCAAACUGCAGAAUGCAGCCUGUGCUGCCAACAGUGGCCCUGACACUGCGAAUGACGACCCAGGUGUCAGACAAAAUCAGGAGAAACGUGCCAUUUUUACUUCUGCAUUUGCAAAAAGAGAGCCUUUUCACUUUUCUGAAGAUUCUUCUCCUGAAAGAGGCUGUAAAGGCAGAACCAUGGCUAAAACAUCUCUUGUGCCCUUUCCUAUAACUCCACAAAAGAGGAGCAGAGACAUGUCCACGCCCACUGAAGAGAACCUUAAGGUUUUGCCACGAAAAAAGGAGGCUACAUUUAAUGUUAGGCUGGAUUUCCCGUCUGAUAGUCUCAUGUGUUCCUCUGAUAUUUUAGCAAAAGAGCGGCAGUUGUCUCAGGAUCUUGUGCAGUCGUCCAAAAAAGACACAGAGUUUCGCUCCAUCUUUCAGCAUGUUCAGGCUGCGCAGGUACAGAGAAGUUCCUCUGAGCUGUUUGCCCAACACAUUGUCACCAUUGUUCAUCAUAUAAAAGCUCAGCACUUUACCUCAUCUGGACUCACGCUAAAUGAGAGGUUCACCAUGUACCAAAGACAAGCUGCAGAGAGGGAAAUGAUAAAACCAAGAAAAAGUCCAGAAAUACACAGGAGACUUGAGGUUUCACCGAGUGCAUUCAGGAAACACUGUCAGAUUUUUGAGGCGAUCAAAAGAGCAGAAGGCGGCACUUACAAGGAGAUUGAAGAGAAAAGUAAAGGAGACCCACUGGACCUUCGUGGGGAUAUUGAACAACGCAAUAAUCAUCAUCACCAUGAUCCAGAUGUGCAAAAUGUGGAUCGUCCUGAAUCUAGUACGGGAAAGACUACUGUAAUGUUUUCCAAGUGCCUAAAGAAAUCCCUCAAGAAAACUCGCUCUCGUUCUUCUAGUUCUUCUUCAUCUUCAUCAUCAUCAUCCUCUGAGAAAAAACAAGAUAAUACGUCCUCUGUGAAGUCUGAACAGGAGUCAAAUAGAGUCAAACCAGAUGCAAAAGAAACCUUAUGUGCCAGGUCAUAUGAAGCAUUUCACAUUCAAAUCCGUGGACGAAGCUGGAACAGAGGCAGUUCUCGGUGUAAUUCGACUUCAACAAAUUCAGCAAAACAUGAUGACUGGGACCCAGAGUACACACCUAAAAGCAAGAAAUAUUAUUUACAUGAUGAUAGAGAAGGUGAAGCCGAAUGCAGGUGGACAGACACAAGAGGCAGAGGGCGGGUAAACUCUUUGCGUGGAAGACCUCGAUUCAUCAUUCGCAGGGCCAACAGCAGUGCCAAUACCAGUGCCAACAGCAGCGCCAACAGCAGUGCAAACAGCAGCGCCAACAGCAGUGCCAACUAUAAUGGCUCCAAAUGGGCCCAGGUCAAUAGGGAACAAACUGGCAUCGAACAGAACCACAAAGGGGGCACUGAACGGAGAUGAACUGUGAGCUGCAAACUAUCUAAGCACUGUAUGCCUUAAGGGUUCUUACAUUUGUUUUUCUUUGUAAAUCUUUGGUUGGCAUUUUUAACCAGUUUCCGUAAAGCAUCGUAAUUUGUGGUGUGAAGCACUGAUUAAGUGGAAUUUUGAAUGCAAUUACUGAUUAUUUAGAGGCAGAGCUUUCAAUGCUUAAUAGCAAAAUGCAGUUGAUGAGACAGAUCCUUUCUGAUUGUGAUCUUGUGUGAUGUGUCAAGCUAGGGGACCAAACUGUGUAAACACAGCGAUGCCAGCACAGGAGCACAGAUGUUAGUUUUUGUUUGUUUUUAGAAAGUUUUACUUUUGUUUGUUGUAUGAGAAAAAGUGUGAAAAUAGAUGACAAGAAUUAUCUUGCACAAUGCCCUGUUAUCUGGGGCACUUGAUCAUUUUUGUAAAUAUGGUUUCUAAUGAAUCUAAUUAGAAUUUACCUGAACUAAUUUAAUACCAUCUUAAUGAAUGCUUCUCUUUGAUUGGUUUGACCUAAAUGCCUUUAAAACAGUUUUUAAUAAUGACUUUAAGUGUGAUUGUUUCAGAUACUUGUGUGGAUUGAUACUUAUUCUCAAAAUUGAAAUGUAUAUAAAUGUGAAGUAAAAACUU